AUUUUUUUGUUUAGUCUUAUCUUAAUCAUAUAGUCUCAGGGAGAUGUUUUUGUUUAAAUUCUGAUAAAAUUUUUGUUUUCCUGUAAAGCUUAAAACCAACUUGUUUUAAAGGUGUCCUGCUAUAAUAAAGAGCAGCUACAGUAGUAUGAACGUCAUUUCCAGCAACAGGAUUACAUUUGUUUAAAUCUGACAUUUAUUUCCUUAUCCUGUGUGAAGGACCUAAAGAAAUAGAAUGUCUCGGCCGCGUGCAAAAAGAAAACGUAAAGCUGAUUCACCCAUGGAGUACAAGAUGGACCACAAGAGGCGAGGCAAUGCACUAAUAUUUAACCAGAAAAACUUUCAAAGUAAUUCAAAUACACGUCAUGGCACAGAUAAAGACAGAGACAACCUCAAAGAAAGAUUUCGGGACUUAAAAUUUCAAGUAAAAGUUUACAAUGACAAAGAUAAGAAGACUGUACUACAAGAACUACAUAAAGCUGCUGAGAUGGACCACACAGAUGCCGACUGCUUUGUCUGCAUUUUCCUGACUCAUGGGGAAGAAGGGCAAAUUUCUGCCCAAGAUGAUAUGAUCAAGAUCAAGGACAUAACUGAUCUCUUCAGAGGAGAUCAGUGCAAAAGUCUUGUAGGGAAGCCCAAGAUCUUCAUCUUCCAGGCAUGUGCUGGUAAAAAGUAUGAGACUCCUGUGACUGGCAUGGCAGGAGAGUUUUCUGAUGAUGAGGAUGAUAAUGAGGUGGAGGAAGCAGCUAACAUCUACACCAUCCCAGCAGGGGCAGAUUUCCUCAUGUGUUACUCUUCAGGAAUGGGAUUCUAUUCCAUUCGCAAUAAGGAAUCAGGAUCAUACUAUAUUCAGGACUUAUGUGAAACACUGCAAAAGCAUGGCUCAACCAUGGAGAUCACUGAGCUAUUGACGAUGGUCAACCUGAAGGUUUCCCAACGUGACAUGUACCCAGAAGGUGGAGAAGAGAAAAAAAAACAGAUGCCCUGUUUCAUCUCCAUGCUGACUAAAAAACUCCUCUUUAAGUAGAAGAACAAGUAAAAAACAAUUCCCAGUGCAUUACGAAUGCUCACUUACCAAUAAACAAUGACACUGAGUAAA